CAAAACGGGGUCCUUUCAUAAUAACAACAUGGCUGCCCUCUGUAGAGGCAGUCAUCGAUGGAAAAAGAUAAAUUCUUUUCACGUUUUAAAAAGAAAUCUAACAGGGAAGCAUGACUAUGACCUGGUGGUUAUUGGUGGUGGUUCGGGGGGGCUUGCGUGCUCAAAAGAAGCGGCUCAGCUGGGACAGAAAGUUGCUGUUUUAGAUUAUGUGGAUCCUUCUGCAAAAGGUACCAAGUGGGGUCUUGGUGGUACAUGUGUCAACGUGGGCUGUAUCCCUAAAAAGCUCAUGCAUCAGGCUGCUCUGCUUGGAACUGCGGUCAAAGAUGCGCAGAGAUAUGGCUGGCAGAUAUCAGGGACAGUCUCCCAUGACUGGGCCACCAUGGCAGAAGCUGUUCAAAACUAUGUUAAGUCUUUGAAUUGGGGCCACAGAGUCCAGCUUCAGGACAAAAAAGUGACAUAUCUGAACCUCAAAGGAACUUUGGUGGACAAACACACGAUUAGAGGCUUAUCAAAAGCAGGAAAAGAGACGAUCCUCACCGCCAAGAAUAUUGUGCUCGCCACAGGUGGACGACCAAAGUAUCCCUCAAAUGUCCCUGGAGCUAUGGAGCACGGCAUCACCAGUGAUGACAUCUUCUGGCUGAAAAAGUCCCCCGGAAAAACACUUGUUGUUGGAGCCAGUUAUGUGGCUCUAGAGUGUGCAGGCUUCCUCACAGGCAUUGGCCUGGACACCACAGUGAUGGUUCGCACCAUCGCCCUCCGGGGUUUCGAUCAGCAAAUGGCAGGUUUAGUGACAGACCACCUGGAGUCCUAUGGAACCAGGUUUGAGUGGAAGUCUGUCCCUACAAGAGUGGAAAAGCUCUCCUCUGGAGCUCUGAAGGUGACGUGGACCAACACCCAGACGGGCUGUGAGCACAGCGACACCUUUGACUCUUUAUUGUGGGCAGUCGGUCGAGCUCCUGAAACUAAAGCUCUGGGUCUCGAUAAGCUUGGAGUGCAAAUCAGCAAAGAAACGGGCAAAAUAAUUGUAGGCCCUGAUGAAUCCUCCUCAUUACCAAACAUCUAUGCUUUUGGUGACAUCGGUGAGGGUCGUCCUGAGUUGACUCCAACAGCUAUUAAAGCAGGAAGGCUCCUCGCCCACAGACUGGCUGGUCGGAGCUCUGAGCUCAUGAACUAUGACAAUGUUGCCACCACAGUUUUCACACCUUUGGAGUACGGCUGCGUUGGUCUGUCUGAGGAGGAGGCUGAGAAGAGACACGGAAAAGACGGCAUUGAGGUUUACCAUGCCUUCUACAAACCCCUGGAGUUCACGGUCGCACAGCGAGAUUCCUCCCAGUGUUACAUCAAAGUGAUAUGUGAGCGUGCCGGACAUCAGAAGAUUUUGGGUCUACAUUUUCUUGGUCCAAAUGCAGGAGAGGUCCUUCAGGGUUUUUCUUUGGCACUUCAGUGUGGAGCAACAUAUCGCCAGUUGAUGCAGACGGUCGGAAUCCACCCGACGUCUGCUGAGGAGCUGGUGAAGAUCAACAUCACGAAGCGCUCGGGCUUGGAUCCCACUGUCACCGGCUGCUGAGGUUAAGCACCUCGGCCUCUGAACACACGGCGGGCACACAGGAGCGAUGGCUAAACGAGCCGCUCCUGUUUUCUCCUUUCAGCUCUCCAACUCUCUGGUACCUGCAGAUUAGAUCACAGAUGCAGGCCGUCACGCGGGCGUGUCACGUGAUAAGUAGCUCUGUUGUUGUCCGGCAUGUGCCCUGAAAUAGAGCAACUAGAUCAGGUUAGCAUAAGCCUCGGCGCAGAGCGAGGGACUUUCAAAUAAACACACUCAUUAAUCAGGAUUAAAAACCUACGUUCGGGAUUCUGUUGAAACCGCACUAGAAACAUAGACUGGGUCUGAACCUUCUUCUGAAUAUAUAUAUUCUGCAAAUAUUGUUGUUUCUCUGGCUGUACUUCCUGUCCAUUAGUCUUGGAGGUGACACAUACCAUACGCUCCCCCCCAGAAUGACACUGAUGGAUGGCCCCAGGGCCGUCGCCGCAGCGACACCGCUCCAUUUCCCAUGGACACACACAAAUAGUCAGCAAGGCUCCUGUCAGUCAGCCAGCAGGGACCUGGGCCAGGGAGCCCCCAGCUUGUUUUGGACCUAGCAGUCCCCCAUCCUUUUCCUCCCAUGCCCUCCUCCAUCCACAUGGAGAGAAUACAGUGGACUUGCUAAUAUGCGCUGUCAAAAGCUGUUCAGAUGCCACAUCCCAGAGACACACAACUGUAUCCAAUUUAUAAUGCUGCCAGAGCUUUAUCACCCCUGCACUACCACGUGUCACCUAAAGAGGGCACUGCUGCCCUCAAUUUCUCCCCACUUUUUUUAUAACGCAGGAGAACAAAAUUAAAAAGUCUAUGUAUAAAACAUAGGCUUCAGUGCAGUCAGGUUGCACAUCUAAUCCCUAUAAUCCCUUUAUAAAAUGUGAGCGUCUGUAGCUGGAAAGCAGAGUGGCGUUAUUGGUGCCAAACUGAUAAGGGUUAUCUGGUGUAUAUUUACAAGGAUGGCAGGUUAGUCUUCAAGAGUCAUCACCCUUGAAGAUAAAGCCAGUUUGUUUAUAUCAAUAAAGCAUUAAUGGACCUCCAGUUUGCCAACCUGUUGUCCGUAUCCGACAUCUUGGGUUUAUUAGGUCGCUGGCGAGGGGGGCGGGGCCUGUCAAUAAGGAGGAUUCCAGCAGAAACUGCACGAUUCCGCAGUUUAUUUUUAUUUGAAGCAUAAUCUGCCCAGUCUGAUUAAUGAUUAUGACGAGAGGAGUGACAGCGUGCCAGGAGAUGGAGAGAUGAAAAAGAGACUGAGAGCUACCAGGUUUAUUUGGACCUGGGCCUGGGGAGGGAGCCGGGUUUCAGCCACGCUCAGGGAGGGACGGGGGGAUUCCUGUGUGCUCUGUUCAGGGCCAAGGUGCUGACUGAAGGACCCUGACCUCCGCUCAGCAGGAACAGCUUGACUCUAUCACUUGGAGCACAGAGGGCUCAUAUGCCACGGCACUGCAGGGGCCGCCGGGUGGGGGCGAGGGGGUGACUCCAGGUGGACAAGGAGGGUAUCAUGAACCAAGGAGCAGACAGAACCACCAACCGACACUGCAGGGCGGAGCUCAGGAAAACUGAGUCUAAUUCUGUGCUUAACAAGCCACUUCAGAGUCCUGGAGGCAGCCUGAGUCUCCAUGAGGGAAAUCAUGGGGACUGUCAGUGUCAGUGUGGUCUGUUUGCCUCUUUGCCCCCUCUCCCCCAUCACUCCAUCCCACUUGUUUACUUCACAAGGUAGACAUCUUUUAUGAAAAUACUGAGAAACAUUCACCGAACCUGUUAGCCCUAACCAUGAGCACCAGUUGGAAGGAGAGGAGGUCGGGGGUCAACUUUCAGGGCAGCCAGCUAAUGAUGACCUGAACUCAAACCCAGAACUGGGGAGUGCAGGUUUGAUGUCACCUGGCUGCAAACGUCAGGAGAUGUAAAUAGAGACAUGUAUUUGUCAAUAAAGCCUUGUGAUACAUAAUUUAUAUGUAAAGAAAUGACGUGUUGAGAUACAGUAUUGCCAUUAAAGAAAUUGCUUUCACCGA